CGCGGCGUUCGCGGCGGCGGGGCACUUCAAUGGGCCGCUGUGCGGCGCCAUCGCUAACCGAACCGAGGCGCUCGCUCGCACCGCAGCGCGCCCAACUCGCUCCUCACGGGCUCAAAAAGACCCGGCCGCAGUCGCUGCAGCAGCCCUAUCCGAGCUCCUGGCGGUCCUGCAGUCCCUGGCGCGGCUGGGCUUCCAUAACGAGGCCGCGCUGGCAGCAGCGGUGCCGGCGGUGGCAGCCACGCUGCCUGCGCUGCCGCCGCAGGCGAUUGUGGCGGCAUUGGAGGCGUACGGCAUGUCAGGUGUACCGCCGCUGGGGCUUAUGUCCGCGCUGGCGGGGGAGUUGGUGGAGCGGUUGGA